UAACAAAUACGUUUUGCGAAUAUAAUACCCUAAGGUAGAUCACAGAUGAAGGGGAAGAGGGAAAUGUAGCAGACCGUCAAGGCAAGAACUUUAUUACUUUCAUUAAGAAAUCUUAUAUUUUCUCAGCAGCAUCCGGAAACAAUUAUUUUAAAUUUUUUUUUAAUUGUAUUGUAUAACUGCCGUCCUUAAAUAAAAGCUGCAACGGCUUAUCACUGUCCAACAUUUUUCAUGCCAAUAUGUGGAUUUUGUACGGCGCAUACCCAAAUAAACGCUGCGGUAACGCCGAGCGGUUGAAAACUCGAUUUGACAGUGUGUUAGCUGCAGAAAACAAAUAAGGUAUAAUCUCUGAAACAAAUGCUUGUAAAAAUGGAUAAUUUUGAGAAAAUAAUAGAAAUGGUAGAAAUCAACCCCUGCCUCUACGAUAAAAGAGACGAAAAAUAUAAAGACUUUAAACAUAAAGAGCGGGUUUGGCAAGAAAUCGCCAAUCAAGUUAAUCUUUCGGCAAGAAAUUGUAAAGUAAAGUGGAAGAGUCUGCGCGACAAAUACAGAAAGAUGAAACUUUCUGAAGAUCAACCGUCCGGAUCAGGACACACUUGGAAGUAUAUGGAGAGUUUAGAGUUUUUGACGGAAACUAUGGAUCCUAUCAGUACAAACACUAACGCUAAAAUGGACACAACAGAACUGUUAGUAGAUGAACAGAUAUUACGCACCACAACUAAACAAAAACGUUGCAACGAUGAUCUCUUUAAUGAUGUGCUAAAAGCAAUGAAGAGGAAAUAUGAAGGACCACAAACCUCAAACAAUAACAAAUAUGAACAUUUCUUCGGUAUGCUUGGGAACAAAUUGGAUAAACUAACUGAGAGUGAAGUUGAUGAAGUAGAAAUUGAAAUUUUAAACCUAGUUAACCAAAAACUGAAUGCAUCCAGAAAAACAUCGAAAGGUAUUUAUAGAUGAAUUCAAUUUAAUAUUUCAACUUCAUUUUCUGUAAGUUUAGCCAAUUUGUUCGUACUCCGUAAUAGCUAGGAUAUUAAACAUUAUAUUUUAAAUUUAAGUUAUUUUAAAACAAAAAUAUCUA